AUGGAUGGAUCUGACAAAGAUAAUUUACAAAAUCCCUAUGCUACAGGGUAUGUUGCCAACUUGUUUGAAAAGUCAACAGAAAAAUCAUCGAACUUCUUAAAUAACAUUUGGGCAAAGAGGACCUAUGAAGAAAAAGACGAAAUUGAAAAUGAUGAUGAGAUUCUAAGAAAUAAUUUAAAGGAGACAGAAUUCUUCCAAAAAUCACAACCUCGGGAAAUAACCUUGUCUGAUUCAAAUUAUGCACAGCCUUCUAAAGAUUCCAACGAAAUUUACUUUGGACAAGAAGAAUCACACAAUUCAAAUGAUUCUACGAAGGGAAAUGAUGAUUUUUCUGACGAUGAAGACGAUGCUACAGACUAUUUUGAUAGUGAUGACGAAUACCAGUUGUCCUGUAAUAGACGUCUGAUGAGGGAUGCCGAUGAUGACUUUGUAUAUGGAGGUUUGGAUCGCUAUAAUAUAUCACACGCAGACGGAAGAUACAGCCAAGGUGUGGAACAGUAUAUGAAUAUGCCAGUUUUCUUGAGAUCAAUCCGAAAGUUUGCCACUGACAAUAAUUUUGAGAUGUGGAAUGGAAAAACCGAUGGAAAUUGUAUGUUCCGAUCAAUUUCUGACCAGCUAACAAUAAACGGUCACUUUGGUCAUACAGCAGACACCCUGAGACAGAUGGCUGUUGAGUUUCUUAGGGAUCAUCCUUUGCAAGAAGAUGGUUGUCCAAUAGGAUCAUUCUUAAGUACCGAAACUUGGGCUGAAUACCUGACAAGAAUGUCAAACCCGAUAGAAUGGAGCGAUCAUAUAAUGUUGAAGGCAAUAGUUGAUGCUCUUCAUCUUGAAGCUGUUGUAUUUAAUAUAUAUAAGGACGACGUUCGACACACAGAAGUGAAAUCCUCCAGGAAAGACAUUCCACUUCCGGCAUUGACUAUUUACCUUGGACAUUUGGGAGAAUUUCAUUAUGUCAGUCUUCGUCCAAAGAAAUGGGAAAAAUUAUGGCCGUACAGAGCACUACUUCAUCGAGCUUUUUUCUGUAAAAGCAAUAAUCCCCAGCACAGAGUUUCAGAGAAAACUUUUGAAAGAUAUAAAGAUUUUGGUAUCAAAGGGCACAUCCAGGACUCUGGACUUCAAGAGUUAGUUACAUCGUUAUCACGAAAGACAAAAUUUGCAGAAAAAGGAUCAGAGAGAUCAAUUCCUCAAGAGAAGUGUUAUAUAUCCAUGUUCAAUUCUUAUGGCUUAGAUGAACUACAAAGCGAGGAUACAAAUGAAUCAUUCGUAAACAGAGACAGUUCACAGAGUGUGAGCAGUGAUACAAGCACUUCCGCCCAGCAAUCUUCCAAUAUGGCGGCCCCAAUGUCCGACAGUAUUCAGGCAACUUUACGGACUCUUCAAAAGAACUUAGAGGAUCUGCAAAAGACUGUGUCCGUCCUUGCAAAAAGGAUCAUGAGGAGAAAACGUACACGCUAG